CGGCAGAGGUUUGGGUUAAAGCUCCAGAGAUUUUUCUUCCCACCUCUCCGGAAGCUUCAGCCAGACCACCAGCUGAGGAAGAGGAUGGAGGCAGCUUCCUCACUCUGGAGCAGCCCUGAUAGAAAAUGUGAACCGAGGCAAACUGAGACCCAGACGCACGCGGACGUCCAACUGGAUCGCAGCGCGCGGCCGGAACCAGCUGUCCUAAUGCCCCCCUCCCCCCCGCAGGCUCCCACCUGACUCCGGGGCGGGCCUGCUGCCGCUCACCCUAACCCCGCAGAACCGGGAGGAGAACCGAAGGAGGACGGAGCCAGCAUGAGCAGGACGGGCCGGCGCUGCGCUCUGCAGGUGUUCCUCUGCCUCGGGCUGGUUUACCUGAAGAUCGGGGGGCUGUGGCCGGUGGUCGCUCUGGGAGCCAGCAUCAUCUGUAACAACAUCCCGGGCCUGGCCCCCCGGCAGCGGACCAUCUGCCAGAGCAGACCCGACGCCAUCAUCGCGGUCGGAGAGGGGGUCCAAAUGGGCCUCAGCGAGUGCCAGUUCCAAUUCCGCUACAGCCGCUGGAACUGUUCGGCGCUGGGGGAGAGGACGGUGUUCGGGAAGGAGCUCAGAGUGGGUAGUAAGGAGGCGGCCUUCACCUACGCCAUCAUGGCCGCCGGUGUAGCCCACGCAGUGGCGGCGGCCUGCUCCAGAGGGACGCUGAGUGGUUGCGGUUGCGACCAGGAGAAGAAGAACAGUUACAACCAGGAGGAGGGUUGGAAGUGGGGCGGCUGCUCUGCUGACCUCCGCUACGGCCUGGCCUUCUCCAAGGUCUUCGUGGACGCACGGGAGGUCAAGCAGAACGCCAGGACGCUUAUGAACCUGCACAACAACCAGGUGGGCCGCAAGGUCCUGGAGAAGGGAAUGCGUCUGGAGUGCAAGUGCCACGGCGUUUCUGGGUCCUGCACCACCAAGACUUGCUGGAUGACACUUCCCAAGUUCCGGCAGCUGGGAUACUUCCUGAAAGACAAGUACAACCAGGCGGUUCACGUGGAGCCGGUUCGGGCCAGCCGCAACAAGCGUCCCACUUUCCUCAAGAUCAAGAGACCGCACUCCUACCACAAGCCUAAAGACUCGGAGCUGGUCUACAUCGAGAGAUCGCCCAACUACUGCGAGGCCGACCAGCUGACUGGCAGCAUGGGGACGCAGGGGCGCCUGUGCAACAAGACGGCCCUGCAACCCAACAGUUGCGACCUGAUGUGCUGCGGCCGGGGAUACAACACCAACCAGUACUCCCACGUUUGGCAGUGCAACUGCAAGUUCCUGUGGUGCUGCUACGUCAAGUGCAACACCUGCAGAGAGAGGACAGAGGUGCACACCUGUAAAUAGGGAUAUUUAUUGGAUGCUAAUGAGGCACACCUGGACUGCACUGUGUGAGAGGGAGAGAUGUUUGAAUAAUAUAUAGAGAAGA